AUGGUUGGAAAUCACUCUCAAAGAUCAUCCUCUGAAGGUAUCUUAACAAGGUUGCAUGAAAAAGCCAAAGCAAGAAAAAGAAAAAGUCUUGAGCAGGCAUCGACGGACACCAACAGUAGGAGCAAAAUCCUUGCAGAAGUUUCCCAUGAUGAAAUUUCCGAGAAGGCAGAAGAAACACCGGCCAAAAGGGGAGCUGGUGAAAAGACAAAGAAGAAGAAAACGUCAGCCAAGAAGAAAAGUCUAGCACCGAAGGUCAUCUUAAAAAAGUUGUACGCAAAGGCUAGAGACCGUGCAACUGCUAUAAAAGCUAGAGACGGCAGCAAAGAGAUCAAACAAAGUAAAACAGUCGAGCAAGCACUGUUAACAAGUAGUAGCAGUGAGUUGGUCAAAACAUCAGAUACGACAACACAAAAGACUCCAAAGGACAAAGUUAAAAAGAAGAAGAAAAAGCUGAGUGCUGCUUCAAGCUAUGAACUGAAAAGUGAACUUCCUGACGAAAAGGCAAUUGUUGAAGAUCUUGAAGAGAGUCCUUUAAACUCCAGUUGUGACGCUAAAGUGGCUAAACAGAAAGUAAAGAGCAAAACUACUUCAAAGACUCGUAAGCGGAGUACAAUUCCAUCCGAUUCUAAAAGAGCAAAGAAAAGAAAAGUUGAUGAGAGCUCUUCAGGCAUCGCUGAGACUCAAUCAUCAGAAGGGAGUGAUGAAGAAGAAGUUUCAUCUUUAAGAAAUGGCUCCGUGCAACGACACGUGAUACCAGUGAUUCUUGAUUCAGUUAGACUAGGCAUUCAAACUGGAGAUGUAGGUUACCGUCCAAGAGAUGUAUGUGUCUCUGCACCUACCGGUAGCGGUAAAACCCUGGCAUUUGCAAUCCCUAUUGUUCAGGCCCUGCUUUACAGAAUGGUACCCCGUAUCCGUGCUCUGGUUGUCUUGCCAACCCGUGAUCUAGCCCAACAGGUCCACAAAGUCUUCACUUCACUCUGUAAAGGAACCAGUCUUAAACCUGCUCUGGUUGGUGGUCUGAAGAAAUUUGGCCAGGAGCAAAGAAUGUUGGUUGAGACAAGUAAUGGAGAGACCCAGUGUGACAUAGUAGUGGCUACCCCUGGCAGGCUUGUGGAUCACAUUAAUAAGACUCAAGGCUUCUCUCUCCAACAUCUCAGAUUUUUGGUUAUUGAUGAGGCUGAUCGAAUGAUGGAUCAGAUAUCUCAGGAUUGGAUUGCUCAAGUAGAGAAGUGUGCAUACAAGGAUAGUAGAAGGCAAACUCCAGGACCAAUAACAGUAGCUAGCUGUUCAAAGAUUCAAAUGCCACUUCAGAAGUUGCUGUUUUCUGCAACCCUCUCUCAGAACCCAGAGAAGUUGACCCAGCUCAAUUUAUUCCAGCCUCGUUUGAUAACAUCUGUUGUGACGUCGAAGAAUAGAAGAAAACAGAAGCAGGUGGAUGGUCAGGAAGCUUUGGAGGAAAGAGGGGAGUUUGUUGGAAAGUUCACCACUCCAUUUGGACUCAAAGAGCGUUACAUCCAGUGCACGCCUGGCGAGAAACCCUUAGUCGUUCUUCAUCUCAUCCAGUCCCUGAAGCUCUCUCAGAUCCUGUGUUUCGCAAACACCAUUGAAUCCACACAUCGUCUCUACCAUCUACUCAAGCUGAUUGGAGGGAUUGAGGUUGCAGAGUUUUCAUCCAAUCAAACGGCAGGACAAAGACGGCAGAUACUCAAGCAGUUCAAAGCUGGCAAGAUAGAACUGUUAAUUUGUUCGGAUGCAAUGGCUCGUGGAAUGGAUAUAGAGAAUGCUAGAUACGUCAUCUCAUAUGACAUGCCACCUUACAUCAAGACGUAUAUACAUCGGGUUGGUAGGACGGCUAGAGCCGGCAAGACAGGAGUAGCUUAUUCAUUGCUUCAAGAAUAUGAGGUUCCCAAAUUGUUGAAGAUGCUGGAGCAUGCUGGCAAGACUAACAUGAUAAAGCAUGACGUUGAAGAAGAUGAGAUGGAAUAUCUGGUAGAGUCAUAUGAGAAGGCUUUACAAAAACAACCAACAAUCUUACGGGUGGAGAAGCAUUAUUCCAUGUGAGGUAUCAUGGAUUGAUCUACCGGCCGUUAUUCUUGGGGUUCCCCCUAGGGAAUAGAGUAGUGUGAAAAGGGCUGAAGUUAAAGGAACUCGCUGACUUGGAAAAAGUGUUUGAAACAGUUUGUUAUGAAAUACAUUAUGGUUAGAAAGAUAUCUUAAAAGAGGAAUACAAUCAUCCACACAAGUAUCACUCGAAAUUGCACGGUUUUCGUUUUCGAUGCGAGCUAACACCAUCUGCCCUUUUUUUGAGUCAAAAUUUUGGCUCCACAAAAUGGCCGACCGUGUUGCUUCGCGACGUAUAAGGAAAACCU